GAUGAUGAUGAUGCCACACUUCAAGUUGGUGGUCCACGAGCAGGUGUUCCGGAUAAAGGCAAAGUACAGCCGCGGUGGCCUACUAGAGUCUUUGCAACACAGGUAGUGCAACGGCUAAUGAGUGUUUGCGAUACAGAGAGAGCUCAUCUCGAUCUGUCACUGGCGAAGGAACUGCAAAUGUCAUCUGGAGGACGAGUCGACUAUCUUGUACUCCAUCUGUCGGAUCUAGUGAGGAUGUCUUUCAUGGGAGCCACGAGCGACAAUACGGAGUUGCGGUUGGCUGGACUGAACUCUUUACAGGAUGUAAUCACUCGCUUCUCGACAGUUCCAGAGCCAGAGUUUCCCGGUCAUGUCAUAUUGGAACAGUUCCAAGCACAAGUUGGUGCAGCACUUCGACCGGCAUUUACGGAAGAUACACCUAGCCAUGUUACCGCAGCAGCUUGUCAAGUAUGUAGCACAUGGAUUGGCAGCGGUGUGGCUAGAGAUCUGAAUGAUUUACGUCGAGUGCAUCAGUUACUGGUCUCUUCCCUGGGCAAGCUGAAACAUGGAUCCAUCAACAAUCAGCUCUACAGCGAAAGUGCGGCUACGCUAGAGAAGCUUUCUAUACUCAAAGCUUGGGCCGAGGUUUAUGUAACCGCUAUAGCGCAAGAAGAGCAUUUGCAGAAUAAGAAGGAUGCUGCUGGAGAUAUGGGCUACUUGAACUCGUCCGAAAGUCUUUUGUCGCUGGUCCGUCCUGAGCUUGAUUCACUCGUUUGCUACUGGCUGGCUGCACUCCGAGAUUCCGCAUUACUAUCGCUUCCGGCUCAAUUUGCUGAUCAAAUGCCAUCUGGAGGAGGAGCAUUCUACAAGGCGGAGAGUGCUGAUGCUUGCCGAGAGUACUAUAGAUCCAGCUGGCCUCCAAUUCUACUUGCAUUGGCCAUAUGGUUGAGCAAAUCCAAUUUCGAACUGCCUGAAAAUGCUGAGGUGAGAAACGCUCCUCAAACUUGGCCAGAUAACCGGCGGGAAUCCAGAUUCCAUCUUAUGAUGGGAAUUGCUGUUGAAGCACUGUGCAGUAGGACCACCUAUGCCGAUGACCAUACUAUUCAGAGCUGUGUCCGAGCUAUCCAUGCACUACUACAAUGUGAAUGGUGCCAGCUGCAACUAAUGUCCGACAUACGAUUAGCGAUUGAGUUGUGCAAUGUUCUACAUCGACUCAUUCUGACUCGAGACAAUCUAGCUACUCAACAGCUUUGUGUGGAUUGCGCUCAUGCCAUCCUCGACGCAGCCCAUUGUUCUAUGCGGGUGAUGGCCAGUGAAGACAUUGAGAACGGGAACCUGCCGAGUACAACAGACACAGAUGAGCGUCCGAAGAACUUGUACUCCGGCGGUGAAGGCGAUGACGGUAUAGGUCAGGGUACCACAUUGACUUUUGCAAUGAUGGAACUUUGCUUGAUAGCCUUUUCAAUUUUCCGUUCUAUGCCACAAAUCAACUCAGCCCAGAUGAAGAGCAAAUCCUUGGCGCCACUGCAUAUGCGAAGAUUUGGAAGACUACCAGUCGAGAGUGCGAACCUUAUUAGGAGUGGAAUACAAUUACUCGUGAAUGUGCCAUCACUCUGUUCGUCGAAGGGACGUCUCAUUAUCUUACCGAGUGUACUCUACCUCAUUAUCGGAUUUAUUCGUGAAUCAGCUCGAGUAGACGAAAAUAGUGUUGUUCCGGAUUUGCCACCUGGUCAUUUGACAACUGUGGCUACGACUGCAUUGCAGGCUCUCCGUAACUUAGCAUCUUCUCCACCAUCUGAUGCAACGCUUUCGACAUGGGUCACUAUGAUGCAGAGUGCUCUGUAUUCCAUACUACUGCUUUGUGAUGGUUAG